AUGUCGACACAAGGCAAUUCUAACAGCACGGUGGCGCCCAAUUUUGAGGUUCUAAUUGUGGGUUCGGGGAUCGCGGGGCUAUCGGCCGCGAUAGCAUGUAGAGAGAAGGGGUUCAAUGUCACGAUCUUGGAAGCGGCUGCGGAAUUCACACAUGUUGGAGCUGGGAUCUUCCUCGGCGGCAACGCGUCCAGCAUCCUCUGCCACUGGGGUCUUCGCAAGCAGAUGGACAAAUGCGCGGCCCGCCAGAAACGCACCAUAUUUGUAAACCAUGACGAGGGCAAGACCCUCAAGGUUGCGGAGUACGCGGAGCUAGAGAAGCAGAUCGGAUUCCCGCUGUGGCAGCUGCAUCGCGCGGAUCUGCAUGAUGUGCUGCUGGCGAGGGCGCAAGAGCUGGGUGCGGUGUUCAAGAUGGGCCAUUCAGUCAAGACGUAUGACUGGGAGAGGCCCAGUGCGCUACUGGACGACGGGACGAGCAUCGCUGCAGAUGUGAUUAUGGCUGCUGAUGGAUACAGGUCAUAUGCGAGAUCCAACAUGCUCGGCCGAGUCGACGAGCCUCGUCCCAGCGGAAAUUCUGCUUUCCGUGCACUGAUCCCUUGCGAGCUCCUCGCAGGAGACCCGUCAUUGAAGCCCAUCAUCAACUGGGAGGACCAGACAACCUACGUAUGGGUCGGAGCCGGUUGUCAUGUCGUCGGAUAUCCAGUUCGCGAAGGCAAGUUCUAUAACAUCGUGCUUACGCAGCCGGCCAUCCAUACCGCGGACUCCAAGUAUGUCGUGUCAGUCGACCCUAGCGAAGUGUUGGAGCUGUAUAAAAGUUGGGAUCCGCGCCUCGUCUCUAUACUCCAGCACCUGCCGGCCGACACGCUCGAGUGGCGCCUGUGCGACCUCGAGCCCAUGGAGUCGUGUAUCUUUCAGGGCAGCAAGAUCGUACUGAUCGGCGACGCGGGCCAUGCGAUGUUGCCGUCCGCAGCCCAAGGGGCGGGCGCCAGUAUCGAGGAUGGGGCGGCAUUGGGGGAGCUAUUGGCCCGGGCGAGGGGAAAGGAGGAUAUUCCACGCGUGUUACGGACGUACCAGAAGUUAAGACAGCCAAGGUUGGCGGCUAUUGUGAGGGGGGCGAGGGCAGAUGCAAAGAGAUGGCAUGAUAAGAAGUCCACGGGGUCGGGGACGACGAGCGAGUGGUCGUGGGACUAUGAUGUUAUGACUGAGGCAAGGGAGAUUGAGUUAGAGGCUUGA